UCUGAAGCCGAAGAAUCAUCAUCCUUAGGUUUUUGGUCUCUCUACAAUGACAAAGGGAACAGGAAGUUUUGGUAAGAGGAGGAACAAGAGUCACACACUAUGUGUGAGAUGUGGCCGUCGUAGCUUCCACAUCCAGAAGAGUCGCUGCUCUGCUUGCGCUUACCCCGCCGCUCGCAAGAGGACCUAUAACUGGAGUGUGAAGGCAAUCAGAAGGAAGACUACCGGAACCGGUAGGAUGAGAUAUCUCAAAAAUGUUCCCCGCCGUUUCAAGACUGGUUUCAGAGAAGGUACUGAAGCUAAACCAAGAAACAAGGGGGCAGCUGCUUCAUCAACCUAAAAGAAACCCAUUUUGAACGCAGGAGGGACUUAAAGAAGCUUAGCACUUUUCUUCGCUCUAUCUAGUUUGAGAUUUUGCUAUUUCCUGAAUACAAUCUAUGUUUUUGUUUAAAUGUUUUGAACCUGGAUCAUCCUUCAUUUUGCAUUUUUUACAACCUCCCAAGUCUUUCCUUUGAUGAUUAGUUUCAUAUAAGUGCUGGAGCAGUCUUGGGCUCAGCUAUGAACCCAUUACUCUGAACUCAUGUUUCCCAGCACGUACCUUUCUCUAUAACACCCAAACUAAUUAAACAAGCUUUGAUCUCACCGAAUAUUCC